GAAAUCAGAAACAAUGGGACAAGGUAAAGAGGUCAAGACGAGACCAGAUCCUCAAGUUGAGAUUCAGGAAAGAGGAGAAAUAUUCUUCUUUUAUAGGCCAAAGGUUAACAAAGAAGAAGCUCACAGUCUGGAUGAUGUUCAAAGGUUGUACAUAGUGAUGCGUCCUGAGUCCGGUGAGAAUCCUACGGAGGAGAAACAAGACCCUCUUUCAGGUAAAGAAGGUUCCGAUAAAGAUUCCGGUGACGGAGAUGCUAGCACUAGCUCCUCCGGCGCCAAGAACCAAGGUGAAGGAGGACACGGCGUGGAGAAAGUGAACAUCGAGAAACAACUUCUGCUACGAUUCAUUGUGAUGGGUAAGAAGAGUCUACCUGAUCCGAGCAAGAAGUCACAACCUUUUUGGGGAUUCGUGGAGAUGGUGACCACAAAUGUUGAAGAUGUUAAAACUGCUCUCAAAGAAGAGGAGUAUGAGACCAAGACUCGAGGACAUAGACAGAAACCGCCGGCUAGAGCUGUCGGAGAAGGAAUAUAUCGAAUCCUCCGACAUAAGCCUAGUCCGACACGAAAACACCAUACACAUCUAGUCUACAAGCUCGAAUUCCCAUCUAAGUCGCAUACCAGAGCACAAGAGCCACAAGAGUCGAUGAACAUAGAACCCGAAGGAUCCUUCUUGAUCCAAAUACGAAAUCCAGAGCAAGGAGGAGGAGGACGGUCAGGCUUUGGUGGGCUGCAGAGAAAGAGGAGGGCUCAUUUUCCGGCACAUCUUCAAGCCCAUUUAGGCCAUACCCGGUUUGGGGCAGCGGACCCGCCCGAUUUCCUGAACUACGAAGGAUGCGAGUUGUUGUUGAUUUCGGCGUCCGACGAUAUAGAGGAAGAGUUAGGGAUGGAGUUGGACCCUGAGGGUGACGGUGAUGACUCGACUUGCGAUCUUUUGAAGACUUUCGGGGACGAUGUUGAAGCCACUCCGCUGCUUCGCGGUGCAUGGGAGUAAUAAUGGUGGGAUGCCCACUAGUCAGCUAUAUUAUACUUAGAUGAUAAAGCUACUAACUAGUGUUUUGAAGACAAGUAUGGACGGCUUUAGGUGGUUUUAUUUUUUCUUUCUUAGGGGUCAAAGUUUGGUGUAUUUAACCUGUUAUGAACAUGACUCAAAUAGUUUGGUUUAAAAUAUAAAAUGACACAGGGAAGUGCUUAGUAUCA